GUCAGGAUUCCCCCCAGUGCUGCCCCCAUCCAACAGGGGCUGCCCCACUGGCCUGUGUUAGACCUAUAAAGCCAGCACACUCAAUCACAGCACUCCACAGCCAACGGUCCUCACAAAGCUAAGCGGUCCUCACAAAGCUAAACGCUCCUCACCUGAACCCUGCAGUUAAAGGCUCCAGCUCCUCACCUGUCUCACCAUGUCUGCCUCUCGCCUGACCAUGCUGUCUGCAGCUGUGCUGUUGCUCGUCUGCGCUGUGACCCUCACUGAAGGGCUCCGAAUGGCUAGCAAGCCUAGGAAGUGCUGUUUUGAUUUUGCGGCGCGCCAGUUUCCCCUGAAACGCCUGGAAAGCUACAAGCUAACCAGCCAGCUGUGCUCCAAUCCAGCAGUGAUGUUCAAGACUUACGCGGGUAAAAUGGUGUGUGCCAGACCCUCGGAACCCUGGGUGCAGCAGUACAUUCAGUAUUUCGACAAGAAAUAUGCUGAGAAACGGCUGUAAGCGCGGCACCAUCAACCCUUCUGCUGCCCCCCCGCCGUUUCAGAACAUCUUCCUCAAGGAGGUGCCGCACCACUGUGUUGACGCCGGUUCCGACGGAACACUUAAGCUAUAUCUGCGGCUCCGCAGCCGCGAGCUAUGCUAGCGCGUAUACACGCGCGUAUAUCAGUGACUGUGCUUCUGCCUGCGUUUCUGACUUCCUCAUUCAUGUGAAUCGACCGAGUAAACGGACACCGGUGGUGAGGAAAGUCCAGGUGCACCGCUGCUCUCGGUCGACCGUCUCCGUUUCGCUCAGCUGUAUCGUCGUUAUAUGUUUUCUCGUCCUGAUCGACCCUCCUGGGCCGGGGAUAUGUCAGAUACAAGCGAAGAAAUUGUUGUUCUAGGACUGUACUAAACUGACUAAUGACUAAUUUAACUCUAUCGUCUUCUAAACCAGAUCUUUCAAUUUGAGAGCUCAGCGUACAUAUUCAUUCUGAAAUUGUCCAGCAAGUCUGGUCUUAAUGGUUAUGAUUAAUUUACUGAGGAUCAGUUCUCUGAAACACUCUGAACAAUAUAAACACUUCUUAUUUAUGUUCAUGUUAUUUUUGUGUGGUUUCGACAGCUGUUGGUUUCUUGGGUGAUGUUGUUUGGUUUGGCCUCAGUAAGACAAUCGCAGACUUUUUUAUGAUAACCACGUGAAUGUAUUGGUCACAACGUCAGUGUCAAAAUAAAUGUCCUUCAAUCAGUC